CCGCGCUCCGGUCGGCGCGUUGACUAGCGCGCUUGUUAGUCGUGCUUGUCAGUACCCGGAAAGCGCUUGUACGCUGCAUUUACAGCGUAAUCGCGACCGCAUAGUCGCACCGUGGCAUUUCGCGAACUGCAUCGUGCCCUUUGCUACGUACCCUCGUACCCUCGUUACGCACGUUUCACCGUCGCUAUGCAUCGGUGAUGUAGACUCGUCGGUAGACUCGGCGCUUAGGUGUCUAAGCUUGAAGAAGGUGUAAGCGCAGAGCAGUGCCGGAUCUCGUUAAAGGGUCGACAAUAUUGAAUCUGAGAUCACGAAGAAUGACGAUGACCAGUAAAAGAAAAUAGAUUUUGUGUUCCAGACAUCGUUUAAAAAUCAGGUCACUAGUGUUGUCACGAGAAAAUCAACCCUUCUAGACUGACCCGUGGUGCUAGAAAAGGACGGCUUGAAAUAUACGGCUGAAUCAGCUCGCGCUAAUCGGGCGCUACUCGAUGUUUGAGAAAGUCUCGACAUGACGCGAAGCUAAACAAAGUGUAAGGAGAUCCUGCCGCUGUCAGGAUGUGGACGAAUCACUUGAUAGUGGCGGCAAUUGUACUCGCGGUUGCCAACGUCUGUCAUGCGGAGUGCCAGACUCGUUCCAUUUACUGCUAUGAAUGCGACUCAUGGACAGAUCUCAGAUGCAAGGAUCCUUUCAACUAUACGGCACUACCCAGGGACCAGCCACCGUUGAUGACAUGUAACGGAUGCUGCGUGAAAAUGGUCCGCAAUGCAAAAUCACCGUACGAGAGCGUGAGAAGAACCUGCACCGCGCAACUACAAAUAAACUUAUUCAUGGUGGACCACGUGUGCAUGAUGGAAAGUACCGGCACUGGUCACAUGUGCUUCUGUGAGGAGGAUAUGUGCAAUCGUGUACCCCCGACCUCGCGCUCGAAUCCCGUACUCCUGCUGAUCCUGUCGACCAUCCUUAUUCUGCGUUCGGCCGUCUUAGAAGCCUCCGCUUGCUUUGUAGAACGUUGCAAUAAUCACAUCGUAUAACACCAAUUAAUUCGAUCCACCCAUCGCAGUGGUGUCCAAUCAUAUCCUUCGUAGAAAUUCUAGCGAGUCGACUACACGACCAUUCGUCGGAACGAACGAUAAGAGCUGGCUUUUUAAAAGCUACAGCCUUUGAGAUGUAGAA